GCAGCAAAAAGAAAAGACAAAGGUGACAACUUCUUAGAUUUAUUUAUUCAUCUUUGAAAUUGAAAUGAUUAUAACUGGUUAGGCGUCCACAUGUAAGAAUCUGCUUAAUUGAUUAUAAUCAGUACUUCACAGUUUUUAAUUAUCUGUACAAGAAUAGAUCUAAUGCAAUAGUAAAAUUUCCUAUAAACCUGUGGGAGUCUGCCAUUGUUUGUGGACAAGGCACCGAGGAAGAGACAGAGAGAGAGAGAGAUGGGAUCCCUUACAGCUCGCAACAAGCCGCAUGCGGUGUGUUUACCAUACCCAGCUCAGGGUCAUGUAAAUCCUAUGCUUAAAGUAGCGAAACUACUUCAUUUCAAAGGCUUUCACAUCACUUUCGUCAACACUGAGUACAACCAUAAACGCUUGCUCAAAUCCAGAGGCCCCAAUGCCCUGGACGGUGUGCCUGAUUUCCGCUUUGAGACAAUCCCCGACGGUCUGCCCCCGCCGGAUAUUGAUGCAACACAAGACAUCCCCGCCCUCUGUGACUCCACUAGCAAGAAUUGCUUGGCCCCUUUUCGCCAACUUCUUGCUAAACUCAACUCUUCUGGCGUUCCACCUGUCACUUGCAUUGUCUCAGAUGGCGUCAUGUCCUUCACUCUCAAGGCUGCUGAAGAGCUUGGAAUUCCCGAAGUGUUGUUCUGGACCACCAGUGCAUGUGGUUUCUUGGGCUACAUGCAUUAUCCACGCCUUAUUGAAAGAGGUUUUACACCAUUGAAAGAUGAGACCUAUUUAACCAACGGGUAUUUGGACACUGUUAUUGAUUGGAUUCCAGGAAUGAAAAAUAUCCGCAUAAGGGACCUUCCAAGCUUUGUCCGAACAACAGAUCGGAACGAUAUCAUGUUAAACUUCCUGGCGGUAGAGAGUGAGAGAGCUGCAAAAGCUUCUGCCGUUAUUGUGAAUACUUUUGAUGAAUUUGAGCAUGAUGUUGUCAAAGCUCUCUCUUCCAUGCUCCCUCGAAUUUACACCAUUGGACCUCUUCAAUUGCUUCUCAAUCAGAUUCCACAGACACCUUUAGAAUCAAUCGGCUCCAAUCUGUGGAAAGAAGAGCCCGAGUGCCUCCAAUGGCUCAAUUCCAAGGAACCCAAAUCCGUGGUUUAUGUGAAUUUUGGCAGUAUCACAGUCAUGACAGCGCAGCAACUCGCUGAGUUCGCUUGGGGUCUGGCUAAUAGCAAGCAUACUUUCUUGUGGAUCAUUAGGCCUGAUUUGGUGAGGGGUGAUUCAUCCAUACUCCCCCCAGAGUUCCUUGAAGAAACCGAGGAAAGAGGUUUGAUGGCGAGUUGGUGCCCACAAGAGCAAGUGCUCAACCACCCAGCAAUUGCGGGUUUCUUAACACACAGCGGAUGGAAUUCAACCGUGGAAAGCAUUGGAUAUGGGGUGCCUAUGAUUUCUUGGCCAUUUUUUGCGGAGCAACAAACAAAUUGUAGAUUUGCUUGCACUGAAUGGGGCGUUGGCAUGGAAAUCGACAAUAAUGUGAAGAGAGAUGAAGUAGAGAGGCUCGUGAGGGAAUUGAUGGAAGGAGAAAAAGGUGAGGGGAUGAGAAACAAAGCCAUGGAGUGGAAGAAAAAAGCAGAGCAAGCCGCCAGUCCGAAUGGCUCAUCAUUCUUGAAUUUGGAAAACCUGAUCAAGGAUGUGUUGCUGAAGUAAAAUAAUCCACACAGUCAAGCUGCACUCCCAUGUUCAUGGAUAUUGGAUCGUAUCGUUCCACUGUACCAUGUCCAUGUUCAAUAAAAUAUCCCAGGGCCUCACGCUUUUUCCACGCCCAGCAUAGCUGUCUCAAUGCUUUUGUCUUUUCUUCAGUAGGCCUUUUAACAAGUCCAAUGGAUCUGGCCUCUAGCGUCUGUCAUGGGAAGCUAGUUGUCACACUAUAAAAUAAUUUG